AUGAAUCAACGAUCUCUCGAUAAAGACUUACAUCAGGCUGCAGCGGGCGAAGACUUAAAGACCGCUCACCUUCUGCUGGAUCGAGGGGCGAAUCCGAACGUGGAGGGGUUUGAGUAUAAUUCAGCACUUCAGGCGGCUGCCCGUCGCGAGAGUGUAGAGCUGGUGCAACUGCUCUUGGACCGAGGUGCUCAGAUUGAUGCCCAAGGAGGAUACCAUGGUAGUGCUCUUAUCGGAGCCGCUCAAUACGGAAAUCUUGAGAUUGUGAAAUUUGAUCAAUGCUAA